AUGACUGUUCCUCCGACUAUGACGGAUGAGAAGAAGAAAAUCAAGCUUACCAAGGAGGAUUCGAUUUUUAAUCACGAUUCCUUCUUGAUCGUCCACAAUGGAACAGAAUAUAUUGUUAAUCCUGUCAUUUUCAUUCAAUACUCUCGUUAUUUCACAGCAAAUUUCCAAAGUGAUACAAACAGAAUCGUAGAAAACGAUGUUUUCCAAGAACCCACAUUCGAAUGGUUCGUCAGAGCGUGCCAGCGUGAAGAAAUUCAAUUAACUGGCCCAGAGCUUGUCAACUUGCUUAUUGUUGCAGAAAAAUGGCAAGCACCAACACUCAUUGCCAAGAUUGAGGCAUUAAUUAAGUCUACUCUUUAUCCAAACGAUGUUCUUACGAUGUAUUCAAGACUUAUUGAUACAGACUAUCCACUCGAUCGUCUUGAAGCGAUGAUGAGUCAAAAUCUCGAUGAAUACAUGAAUGACCCGCUCUUCCCGAAGCUCCCAAUGAAAGUUAUUCAAAAAGUUAUCAGAAACGCUACAACAUCAAUCAAUGCAAUCAAAAUCGUCAAGCUUUGCUACGCCAUCGCUCAAGUUCACGGUAUCGAAGCUAUUACAAUCAUCGCUUCAAAUACGUUUGAUAACGUCACAAUAGAAGAAGUUGAUCAGUUAUCUGACAUCUUCCGUCAAUGCCCAUACGAUGGCUUUGCUGCCAUCUUCGAUGCAGUCGGCCGCUGCAUUCGACAGAUUAUUUCCCCAGGAAGUGAGAACUCCCAGUUCGUAACUCUCUGGACACAAGCUGAAAAUGGUACAGGCGAAGACGCUUACACAUUCUUCAUCUACAUCCAGAAGGAAGAAGGCCAGGAACCGAAAUCCGAAACAGCCGCCUUAUUCCUUAAGCUUGCUGCAGAACGUGGCCAUCCAGUAGCCAUGUACGAGUGGGGUAAGUACCUCCUGAAGAUCGCCCAGACACAGGAAGAGCACCAGGCUGCUAUUGAGUAUCUUAUCCACGCAGCAGGCAGAGAUUACCAGCCAGCGCGUGCUGCUUUGAGACCAUACCUCCCAUUAACACAGGUUCCUCGCAACAACCGUCACUACGCUUAUCAAUGUUUGUCUCUUCAGAUAUUCCUUAUGAAUUUGAACAAUCUCAACCUUAUGCAGACAUCCCAAGCUCUCUCACAACUUCAAUUCGCUACCACAGAAACAGGAAUCAACAUCCUCGCCGACAAUAUUCUAAGAGCCGUCGAAGUUAGACAGAGAAACAUCGAACUCUACGGUGAAUUAGUACAGCAAUUAAUUCAAGAAUCUACAACAGAAAACUCUUUCGCUGAAUUGAAGCAAGUUUUGUUCACAAAGAUCAUUAUCGCACUUUGCAACCCAGAUCCGAAGUUCAAACAAUUCACAUACACAAGAUUCCUCUUCGUAUGUCGUAACCAUGAGGUCUUUACUAACAACGAACUCGAAGAAAGUAUCAGUGAAUUUAUCCGCGGCCGUCCACAGUUUAUCAAGUCAUCAAUGAUGCUGUUCUACUGGUUCGCCCCAAUUAUCAACAAAGAAGACGAAAGUUUUACUCUUAUGUCGCAGAAAUUAGAUGAAUUCCGUGGCGGCUUAGGAAACCUCGAUCCAACGAUCAUUUCAUUCAAGAAAGAUUUCAAGAGAUGCAUGCAUGAUGGAAACUGGCAGAGAUUUACAGAAUCCAGAAAUAAUUAUUCUCCAUACAACAAGAUGAACAUUGCUUUAAUGAAUGAUAACAUCGCUGACUUCGAGCGCAUGAUUUCACCCACCGAUUUCGAUCUCAACCAAAAGAUUGAGAACGAUUGCUUCGAUCUCGGUAUUCCAAACACCGAACAGAUCUCUCUUAUCCAAUACGCAGCUCUCCAGGGCGCAUCCAACUGCUUCAUGGCCCUAGUUCAAGCCGGCGCUGAAUUUUUAUCCGAUACAGAUAAUACAUCAGCGGUUUGUGCCAUUGCCGGACAGAAUUUCUUCAUCAUGAACUUCACGUUAGGCAGCCAGGGGGCUCUCCGCGAGGAAUUGUUCAGAACCGCCGCUAAAUUUGAUAACAUGUACGCUUUGGCCUACAUUUUACAGAGCGGAUGCAACGUAAACUGCGCGGAUGAGAAGGGCUACACGGCCAUGCAUAGCGCUGUCAUAAGAUCUCAUUUGGAUUGUGUCAAAUUCCUUACAACUGUUGAUGAAAUCGAUGUAAACAUGUUGGAUAGCAACAAAGCAUCACCAUUACAUUACGCUGUUUGGAACGAUGACGUAAAUAUCGUUACAUUUUUAGUAUCAUGCCAUGGAGUUGAUCUAAACAUCGCCGGAGCCAACAGCAGAACACCGCUACAUGAAGCUGUGAAGAAUGGCUACCUUGAUGUCCUCCAGAUCCUUGCAAACGGUUAUGGCAUCAACAUUAAUUGUGAAGAUGACGACGGAGUAACACCAUUCCACCUCGCUGCAAAGAGAGGACACGAUUCUAUUGUCCAGUUCCUCAAGAACUGCCCUGGAAUAGAUUUGGAUUGCAGGACAAAGGACAACGAAACAGCAGCUGACUUGGCAAAGACAAAGGAGAUCAAGGAUAUGAUUACUAAUGCUUAA